UUCCGCCGCGCUCGCAUUGACAGAUCACGUGGGUAAUCAACGUAACUCCUAACAAGUACAGCGCGCAGGCGAAUCUGCACAGGUGUUUGCAAAGGCGCCCCCCUGAACAAUGGCAACCGAUGAGCUAUUGCAAGCCAGGCGCCACCUACGAUCAAGGCGUGGCAAAACAAAUGAAAAAAAAAAACGGGCCAUCUCAGCAACAUACGCCCGAGGAACUACAGCUGCAUUUGAGGCAGCUUGAGAACGCAAAGGGAGGCGUCGGAAGGGGGUUUAAAACAUGUUGGCUGCGUGCGCAAACAGGAGAAGACAUGUUUCUGUACAGCUGGCACAACUGCCAGGUGAUCAGCCGCCUCGCGUAAACAGGUCAGCUGCACACCACCCUCGAAGGCACCUCGACUCUACUCUAGGACCACCCGAGUGCUUUGCGCGGCCCGCCUAGCUCUUAACCGGAAGAAGCUCGCUCUCGACCCGCAGACCAAAAAGUGUGUGCGGCCAGGCGGGAACGUGUCUCAUGCGGAGGAGGGGCCGGGGGAAGAAGGAACGCGCGUGCCCGACACGCGCUCGACUGCGGGUGAACUGGAGAGGGAGGGCCGUGGCCGAGAAACACUGCACACGUCCAUGCGAUGCCAAGCACGUAGCAUGUGGAGGAGCCCAGCGAAGGAACGAAGCUCGUCGGCAGCUGAAGCUCCGGAAAAUGGGGGUGGGGGCAGACAGCCUCCCUCGAAAACAUCCUGCAACAGAGCAGGAGCGGACGACAAAUGGGGAGGCCACAGGAGGAGGAGGACGAGGAGGAGGAGGAGGAGGAGAGGAGGAGGAGGAGGAGGAACAGGCCGUUCGUGGCCCGAAAGCGGCGCGCCUGGCCCGGAAGCGGGCAGGAACGGGGAGCCCCCCGCCGCGGGCAGGAGCGGGGCCCCCGGAGAGGAGCCCCCUGCACGGAGCUGACGGGUCCGGGCACUCUGAGCAGGGACCGACCGUCCCAGCAUUCCUAGUUAGUCCUACUUGGGCGCCCGAGAGACGCUUGCAAGGAAACUUGAAACGAUCCCAGCAAGCCUGCAGGCUUGAGAUGGCUGCGGCGCACGAGCCCAGAGAAAGUGCUCCGGCUAGAGCGCGGUCAACUCGCACGGGCCCCGACUGGAUGAGGUCGCCGAAUGGUUGGGACCACCUGCCCUCGUGUGGAGAACCUCCAAGGGUCGGAGCCUGGCCACGAGGAGCAAGAUGGGAGGGGGAAGGAGGACGAAAGGUCGAUCGGGAAGACGAGGAGCCCGGGGAGGAGAGCGGAGAGACCACCGGGCGAGCAGCGCCGCCGCAGAAGGCCGAGUUGGGCAGCCGCCUUCCAAAGAGCGAACGGCCCCUCCACGGAAGCCACGGCCCCUGCUCGGGCCUGCACCGACAGGAGGCAAGGCCCCCAGCAGCUCGAGUGCCGCGAGCGCACACGGGCAUCCUGCUCCCUGCGGAGCCGCACGAUCCGAGGAUCUCCGGCUUGAAGCUGCGAGGGUGUGCGCCGCACAAAAGUUACAACGUUACAGCGUUACAGCGGAACUGCACGACCGCCGUCGCAAAAGGAGCGCCGCGCGCUCCGCAGGGUGAAAUGCGGCAUCGGCUCCCCUUGUCUGCGGCAUCGGCCCGGCAUUGGACAGGCACAGGAAGCAUGAUGAACUUCAGCGGCUCUGCGCUGGGUCCAGUCCGCACCUCCACUCGUGGCGUCCGUGCCGCGCUCCUGUGGGCGACAACACUGCCAUUCAACGAAGCCUCCGCGAGGGUGCCGCAAGGAGGAGCCGAUGCGCCCAGAUGUUUGUGAAACGUGCAAACAAGGGUUUACCAGCCCUAAGAUAAUGAGAGUGCGCAGAGCGCCUGGUCCUCC